CGGUCAUUGCUCUCAAAGUCAAAAUCAAACCUUAUGCUCAAACAAGUCGCUUCUACUUGAUUACUUUUCACCUUUAUUCUGGUAAGUUUUGGAAAUGUUAAAGAGACACUCUUAUGGCUGUACAGGCCCAAUUCAACAGCUCCUCUAGCUCUGACCCAAUCUCUUAUGAAGAAGGAUCGGGUCCAUUGGCAGUCAUCAUUAUCCCCAGCUUGCUAGCUCUCAGCACCUUGAUCGUUGUGUCUCAGAUAAUAUGGAGCUUUAUUACCAAAAGAGCAUCAGCUCAGAAUAACACAGGAUCAUCUUCAAAUGUAAAUGAAGGGGACCCUGUACCUUUGGACACGGGCUUUGGGAACAUGCGGCCUGCACAGGAUGCUCUGGAUCCUUGGGAGAUACCUGCUCUGUGCACUCUGGAGGGGGUGGAGCCGCUUCAGAUGGGACGUUAUGGGCCAAUCUGCAUGGGUCAGCUAAAACAAGACAACACAUCCACUGCUGUAGUGAUAAAAACUCUUAAAGAUGGGUCAAAUCAACUGGAGGCUACAGAAUUUGUGGAUUUUGUCCUUUUCCACAUAGCAGUGAGCAAACAUGAGAAUAUAGUCAAGAUGUUAUACUGUCAGACACGCCGGAUGCCCAUGUACCUGGUUCUGGAGGCAAGUGUUCCAGGAAACCUCCUGCAUUUUCUCUGGAGUCUUCGAGAGGACAGAUGUGGCACAAAUGACAACUUCCAGAUGUUUUCAGAGAGGUCUGUUUAUCUUGUAGCUAAACAGGUAGCAGCAGGACUGGACUAUUUACACUCCUACCACAGAAUUGUUCAUGGGUAUGUCGCAGCCCGGAACAUUUUGAUUGGUUCAGGGCUCUCUGUAAAAGUCUCUGGAUUGGAUUUGGCUUUUAAGAGCCGACAGUUGAGAAUGGUGGACAGAGAACAAGAAGCCAAUGUGCCGGUAAAAUGGAAGGCCCCUGAACGGAUGAUGAGACUCCCCCUAACAGACAGAAGUGAUGUAUGGUCCUUUGGAAUCCUGCUUUAUGAGAUGAUAACCCUGGGGUCUCCUCCCUAUCCUGACCUGGAUCCAUCUGAAGUGCUGCCAAACACUUUAGCCCAUUACAGAAUGAAAAGACCAGAAAACUGUGGAGCUCCAUUGUAUGACUUAAUAAAGUACUGCUGCAUGUGGAACUUCAAGGACCGGCCUGUGUAUUCUGCCAUUAUUCGGCUUCUAGACUCAUACAAAUACUUUGCUGACACAAAACCACUUUGCGCUGGACAGCAAGUGGACAUCUGUGAAUACAGGAGGAAAGCAGGACUGCCUCAUUGAGAUCUAUUCAAUCAAAGAAACGUUUAAUUGGUCAUUUCUACAGUGCUUGGAAAUGGCACAGUUGAUUAGGUUCCAGUAAGACUGACAUCAAUUAAUAAUAAUAAAGUCUAGCCUUGUCACAACGAGCAGGAUGUCACUAGAUGUCUCCCUAUUUCUUGAAACUGGAGAUUGCAUGCAUAGUGAUCAACUAAAAUUAAUCUUAAUGCUUCCAGCUAAAUUAAUUUGUUACUAAUGUAAAACCAAAAAAAUAAGAAGCUUUUUAAAACCUUUUUUUUUUUUUUUUGGCUAAAGCCAUAUUAUUUAUCUAAAGUAGGAUGACCAUAUAGCCUCUUUUCCCCAUGUAUAUCCUGGCAGGUGAUUUUUUAAUUUGCUAAAGACUCCAGGUUUUGGUUUUAUUUUCCUGCUGGCAUGCUCUCUGUGGACAUUUACAGAAAUUAUAGACCCAGUCAUUUUAGGAAAUUUAGAAAUCCCAACCAGGACAUAUACAGGAAAAAGAGGACAUGCAGCCACCCCAUUUAGUGUUAUGACAGAUUUAUUGUUAACAAUAGCAAGGGGUAUAAAAAUAGAAAUCAUAGGCCUACUCAUGUUCAAGUAUAUCUACUGUAUGCCAAUUUGUUUCUCAAAGGUCAAAGUACCUAGUCAAUAAAUGUGAACUUAAACUGAAAAUAAUAUUGGAAAUGUUAAUUGCAGUUCAGUAUUUAUAUGUAAAAAGGCUUGGGUAUUUUUUUCUAGCUUUCUAUUGCCUCAUUGUCCCUCAUCUCUAUACAAGCAUUUGUUUAUAUUUGUCUUGCACCUACUUUUAUGUAACUGUUUGCCGUGUCUGCUGAAUUAAAUGUUCUGACAGUUUAAGUGACAGAUUUUCUCAUUAAAAUAACUAAAAGCAA